AUGAAACCCCCGCGUUUUAAUGGGAUGGACGCACCUAGCUGGAUUUCUCGAGUCCAGUUCUACUUUGACCACUUGAUGCUCCCCGUUGAUCAACGCUUGCAUUAUGUAGUGAUGCUCUUUGACCCCCCCGCCGCGGAUUGGAUCUUCAAUUAUCAGGCGAAUAAUCAUUGUGUGUUGUGGCCUGAUUUCCUGGAAGAUGUUCGUCGUCGCUUCGACCCGCUAUGCUUUCAGAACUUCAUUGGGUUAAUUGCGAAGUUGACUCAGACUGGGUCACUGGCGGACUACAACAAUCAGUUUGAGAGCAUGUUGAACCGCGUGCGCGGGGUGCCGGAAUCGACCCUCGUACCUAUUUAUGUAGAGGGCUUGCAGCAGCCAGUUAAGAACCAAGUCAAGCAUCAGUACCCGUCCUCGGUGGCGUCGGCGAUGGCCUUGGCGGUGGAGUAUGAUGGUUGUAUUGACCGUCCGACGCCUUCGCCCGGAUUUCAGCGCCGCCAGUGGAUUCCGCGGGAGCAACGUCUUACGACCGGCAGUACGCCGGGGGCCCAGCCCGAUACAUCCAGUACAGCGAGACCGAAUCAGUUGAAGUCCUCGCCGUACUCACGCCUUCCGGUGAUACGUCUGUCUGCGGCGGAGAAAGCCGAUCGCACUAAGAAAAACCUAUGUUGGUACUGCCCAGAGAAGUAUACCCCGUCUCACGUGUGCAACAAAACCUUUUUGGCAUACAUGGGGGUCGAUGAGGAUUCGGAGAAUGAGGAGGACGGCCAGCCUGAGCCGCCCGAGACAGCAGAUAUCAUCACCGCCGAUAUCUCCCAUAUUUAUGCGUUAGACGGUAAAUACCGUGCCGAGUCUAUUGAACUACAGGGUUCCAUUGGGGCGUCGCCGGUGUUAGUCUUGGUUGACACAGGGAGCACCCACGACUUUUUGCACCCCCGAAUUGCGGAAAAAUUGGCGUUACCUCUGCAACAGAUUCGGCCGUUCAGGGUUUAUGUAGGCAGUGGACAGUCGAUCAUUUGUUCCCACGCGAGCAUUAGCACCCGGCUGGUCAUACAGAAUCAGGUGUUCUUGGUGGAUUUACACAUUUUGCCGGUGCAUGGGCCGGAUGUGAUUUUAGGGAUGGCUUGGUUGAAGUCCCUGCGACGGGUGACGAAUGAUUUUGAACAAGGAACGCUCGAGUUUGUCCGGGAUGGGAAACAGGUUUGCCUCAAGAUUGAUUCGCAGAUGCCUCGCGAGGUGUCCGUUCGGACUUUUGCUGCUCUGAUGCAUUUACAUGGGGAAGCUGACCUCUUCGAGGUAGUGGGGGUUCCUCCGGGAUCCGACCGACCAGGGGGGGCUGACCCGCCAGCUUUUCCGGCGGAGUUGCCAGAUUCCAUCCACGCGGUAUUGGAGGCCCACACCUCGGUUUUCUCCCUGCCUUCGGGGAUGCCGCCCCCGCGGUUCUGUGACCACAGGAUCCACCUCCGUGCUGAUUCAAAACCGGUUAAUGUGCGGCCAUAUCGGUACCCUUACUUCCAAAAGAACGAGAUCGAGCGCCAGGUUCACGAGAUGUUAAACUCCGGCAUUAUCCGACCGAGCCAGAGUUCUUUUUCCUCGCCAGUAUUAUUGAUACGGAAGAAGGAUGGGUCCUUUCGCUUCUGUAUAGACUACCGUGCUCUGAACACUGCAACUGUACCCGUUCAUUUCCCAAUUCCAACGGCGGACGAAUUAUUUGAUGAGUUAGGGGCGGCGCGUUGUUUUACAAAAUUGGAUUUACGUUCGGGGUACCAUCAGAUUCGAAUGCAUACCAACGACGUUUACAAGACGGCUUUCCGUACUCAUGAUGAACACUUUGAGUUCUUGGUGAUGCCGUUUGGGUUGACAAACGCGCCUUCGACCUUUCAGUCAGCAAUGAAUGCUAUUUUCCGCCCGAUCUUGCGCAAGUUCGUCAUUGUUUUCUUUGACGAUAUACUGAUUUACAGCCCCUGUCUGGAGUCACACGCUCAGCACUUGCGCGAGGUAUUAUCUAUCUUGCAUACUCACCAGUUCUUUGUUAAGUUGUCCAAGUGUACGUUUUGCAGCUCUACAGUCGAUUAUCUAGGGCACUUGAUAUCUGACGGGAAACUGAGGGCAGACCCGAGUAAAAUUGAGGCCAUGGUAGAUUGGCCCACGCCGACGACUGUCAAACAGUUGCGUGGAUUUCUGGGUCUCACAGGGUACUACCGUAGGUUUAUCGCUCAUUACGCCAUCAUCGCGAGCCCUUUGACCGACCUUUUGAAGAAAGAUUCUUUUGCCUGGUCGGAGGCAGCAACCGAGAGUUUCAACCGCCUCAAGACAGCAAUGGUUUCCGCCCCGGUAUUGCGGUUGCCCGACUUUACUAAGACUUUUUAUCUUGAAACGGACGCCUCUGAUUUUGGGGUGGGCGCGGUACUAUUACAGGAUAACCACCCUAUGGCAUUUUUUAGUAAGAAAUUGGGACCGCGUCGGCGUGUGACUUCGACGUAUCAUAAGGAACUUUAUGCGAUAGUGGAAGCGGUUCAGAAAUGGCGACAAUACCUUUUGGGCCGGGAGUUCGUCAUCCGGAGUGACCAGAAAAUUCUUAAAGAGCUUCUGCAACAAGUCAUUCAGACUCCUGACCAACAAUUAUAUGUCCGAAAGUUAAUGGGAAACAAGUUUCGGAUCGAAUACAAGACCGGUGCGUCUAACCGGGUCGCCGAUGCCUUGUCGCGCCGGGACAUGGAGGGUGACGGUGCGCCACCAGUUUUCGAAAACCCAGAGGCGUUGGUGGACCCGGCAGCGGCCGCGGCGGACACGGCGCGCUUACUGACGCUCUGCCACCCCAUGCCCGACAUCCUCGACUUACUGCGGGUCGACACCGACGCGGCGUCGGAUUUGACGGAGCUCAAGGAGCGGAUUUUGGCCGGCACGGCGGAUAAACGUUAUACAUUGGCUAACGGGGCUGAUUUAUUUUCAGCGCCGUAUCCUUGUGGGUGA